AUGGAAGCUCAAGAUGAAGAUGUUCUCGAAUACUUCUUUGGUAUGUUACCGCCUACUACUAUAGUAAGCGUAACCCCAAUUGCUGUCUCAAAAGAUGAUGCUAACAAGCGACAGACUCUGGACGCCCACGCGAUAAUUAUAGGUGACCGUGGCGAUCGAGGUGGUGAUCGGGGCGCCAGACCAGAACGACCCGAGAGAAGUGAGCGUCGCCGAUCGCGCUCACCUCAUUAUGGCUCUCGCGGUCAACGCCGUGAAACCGAAGUAAACUCCUAUUCAUCUAGUCGGGAUUACCGUGCCCGUGAACGUGAAGAUCGCUACUCCUCCACUCGACAGGAUGACCGGGAAUGGGAUAGAGAACGCGGUGAUCGCGGUGAUCGCGGUGACCGUCGUGAUCGUGGUGGAGACCGUACUGGAGACCGUACUGGAGAACGUGGUGGAGACCGUGCUGGAGACCGUACUGGAGACCGUACUGGAGACCGCGGCGAUCGCCGACGUAACUUUGAUCGCCGAGAUCUCUUUGAUGAUCGCAAUCGUCGAGGUGGUGAUCGCGACCGUAAUGAUCGCCCUGAACGCCCUGAGCGCCCCGAACGCAGUGAUCGCGGUGGCCCUAGUGCUGCUGGUGCUGACUCCAGAAGAGAACGCCGCCGAAGCGCUACUCCUCCACGUCCCAAGGAGCCUACUCCUGAUUUGACAGACGCCGAAUCCAUCUUAGCGCGCCAGCGCCGUUUGACACAGUGGGAUAUGAAGCCCCCCGGUUACGAAAAUGUUACUGCCGAACAAGCUAAGCUCUCUGGCAUGUUCCCUCUGCCAGGAGCCCCCCGACAGCAACCCAUGGACCCCAGUCGACUUCAGGCCUUUAUGAACCCACCCGCUGGCGGUACGGCUGAAAACACGGCACUGAAGCUGUCCAAUGCCCGCCAAUCUAAGCGGUUAUUCGUACACAAGAUCCCCGCAGACAUUAAGGGAGACGCGAUCAUAUCUUUCUUUAACCAGAACCUGAACGGCCUUAAUGUCAUUGAGAGCGACGACCCGUGUAUCUCAGCCCAGGUCUCCGAUGACGGAGAAUAUGCUCUUUUGGAGUUCAAGUCGCCCAAUGAUGCUACUGUUGCCCUGGCUCUUGACGGUGUCACCAUGUCCGACGAUAUUAAUGCGAAUGAGGGUCUCGAAGUUCGACGCCCGAAGGACUACAUCGUGCCGGAUCUAAGCACAGAAAAUGUGUACCAGGAAGGUGUACUUCUCAAUGAGGUCCCAGAUUCGCCGAACAAGAUCUGUGUCACAAACAUUCCAGCUUACAUCCCCGACGAGGCUGUUGUCAUGUUGCUCAAGUCGUUUGGCGAACUGAAGUCUUUCAUCCUCGCCAAGGAUAAAUACACUGAGGAGUCCAGGGGGAUUGCCUUCUGUGAAUAUGCUGACCCGGCAGCCACUCCCAUUGCCGUGGAGGGUCUGAAUGGUAUGGAAUUAGGUGAUCGUAACCUCAAGGUCACCCGUGCUAGUGUUGGCACCACUCAAGCAUCUGGUCUGGAGAUGGGUGUUAACGCCAUGUCCAUGUUUGCUAAAACCACCUCCUCGGACAUCGGAACGGGUCGUGUGCUGCAGUUGUUGAACAUGGUCACCGUGGACGAGCUCAUCGAUAACAACGAUUAUGAAGAGAUUAAGGAGGACGUGGGUGAAGAGUGCGAAAAGUACGGCACGGUCCUCGGUGUCAAAAUUCCUCGCCCAAUCGGCAGCAACCGACAGGUUCCAGGUAUUGGAAAAAUCUUUGUCAAGUUCGACAAAGAUGAGUCUGCCACCGCUGCCCUCAAGGCGCUCGCUGGUCGAAAGUUCUCGGACCGCACCGUCGUUGUUUCCUACUUCAAUGAGGAAAACUAUGAUGUGGACGCCUGGUGA